AAAUCUUGGUGACAACAUUUUAUAGAGGCCAAGUUCUCAACCACAUUUUCCUCUAAAGCAAUUUUAUCCACAGACCAUAUAUAUACUUGUCAUAAAGAGUGAACAAAGUAACAUCAAAUAUCCAUUAAAAAAAAAAACGAUGGAAUUAUCUACAACUUCACAGUCUAUUUCCUAUGCUAAUCUCCCAAAACUACUAUUCCCUUAUAGAGCUAAUCUUUGUUCUUCCAAUUCCAUUAAUUUUCUUGGAUUUAAUUGCAUACCAACAAAACUAAAAUGUAGUGCUAGGCAAUUGAGCCAAUUUGGACCUAUCCAUGCUUCUGUGGUCGAGAGUAAUUCAUCUAAUGGUUCAGUAAUAUGGUUUCUUGAAUUUAUAGGUGAUGGAGACACAAAGCACAUUGGUACUCCAACUCCAAGGCCACGCUCUCUUGAAAUACCUUCCGGUGCAGUUACUAUUGGACGUGUUGCUGAUAAGGCAGAUGUAGUCAUUCCGGUGCCUACAGUAUCUGCUGUACAUGCUCGGCUGCAGAACAUGGAGGAGUAUCUCGUAGUGACAGAUUUAGACAGCACAAAUGGCACGUUCAUCGGUGAUAAGAGGCUCCAACCUGGUGUGGCUGCUGCUGCGUUACCUGGAAGUCUCGUGACAUUUGGUACACAACUUUUGUAGUCAAUCCUACAUUUUACUUUCUGCCUCCUGCUUUCCCUUUUCCUUAAAAAGUAACUAAUCUGAUUUAACUUACAUACACUGCUAAUAUAAAGAAUCCUUAUGUUAUUAGUGUAAUUUAACUUAUUAUAGCAUGUUGCAUGUUUUAUUUUCCGGGUAACUAGUUCUACUUGUUAUAGUUACGGACAGUUACUUG